AUGGCAUCUUCUCUUCCGACCUUCCCACGAGUAGUGUUUACAAUCAUUGAGCCCAUUUCAUUAGUCGCUGGUUUUGUUGGUGCCGUCAUUGAUCCAGCCUGGUUCAUGAACGAACAAGUUCCGCAAAGCAAUGUGAUUAACCCUUCUGGAAACAGUAUCAUGGUGACCUGGCAGUUGGGAAAUCUUUAUUUAUUACUAGGGUUUCUCGGUAUCGCAAUCCUGUCAACGACCAACGAGAUCAGUGUUGUCCGGGCAUAUCUUAUUGCCCUGUGGCUUGGAGACAUUGGCCAUGUAGGGUUCAGCUAUUAUGGCUUAGGGUGGGAUAUGUCAAUGAGUCUCAUGAAAUGGAACGCUGUGACUUGGGGAAAUAUCGCAAUGACAUUGUUUCUCUUCUUCACAAGAACAGCCUACUUUACUGGGCUCUUUGGCACGGAUCACAUCAAGCCUUUCACUUCGAAAAAGGCCAUUUGA